AUGAAACGCCCUAAGCCGCGCCGCCUGUCAGCCAGGUGCCAGGCGGGCCGCCUGGAAUCCUAUCACCAUGGGAACAACGGCUGGAGCAGUCUCAGGAGUGGGAGCAGCGACAAGAGGCGGAAGAUCCUCAGCAGCGGCGAGAGGCGGAAGAUUCUCAGCGGCGGCGAGUGGCGGAAGAUCCUCAGCUGCGGCGAGUGGCGGAAGAUCCUCAGCUGCGGGCUCUGGAGGUGCUGGUCCCGGAGAUGCUGGAGCUGGGCUGGCGGAGAGAUAGUCCGGCUUGGGAAGCAGAGGGUUGCCUUUCAGCACCGCAAUGGCUCUGACUACGAGGCCUCCUUUGCGUCCACUUCUUCUGGGAAACCAGGUGGUGGUCGUUGGGGGGAAGUUGACAUAUGUGAAGGGUGCGAAAAGGAUUGGACUUGGUACGACGGUCGAUGUUACCUGUAUGAGAAAACUGCAAAGAACUGGGCUACAGCAGAGAACUUCUGCCUCUCAUUGGGUGCAAAUCUGGCCUCAUUCCACAGUGUAGGGGAGUACAACUUCAUCAGAAACCUUACCUACAAAGUAACUGGAAAACACACACGAACUUGGGUUGGCGCUUAUGAUUCAGUAGAGGAAGGCUACUGGAUGUGGAGUGAUGGUUCCAAGUUUGUGUUUAAUUCCUGGGGCAAGAAUGAGCCAAGCAAUUCUGGUGGAAACGAACACUGCAUGGACAUCAACUUACAUGAACAAGAAAAUGUGAAUGAUUAUGGCUGUUACGAGAGGCUUCCCUUCGUCUGUGCCAGACCCCUGUAACCUUCUCAUGCCUUUUAAUCUGAAAUGCCCAUAUGGCUUUCCUGCUGGUGAUGUCACUUCCACCUGGAUGUCAAGCCUCGAUGACAUCACUGCUGGAAGAACCUGAUUUCACUUCAUUUCAUCACUUAAAUAAAUGUUUUCUUUCU